GUUCACUUUAACACAUGGCUUUGUAGUCUUGGAUCCAUCUCGUGGUAUUUCAGUCAGAGAGGAAUGCAUGAACUUUACCUUUCCACUGAUAAAAUGUACAUUUUCAGCACUCUACUGGUGAGUUUGGUUUUGCAGCAGGCGUCCACCUUGCCCAUUUCAUCUGCAGGAGUGACCGGAGAUUGCUAUGGAAUUGAAGAUGAACCAGAUAUUGUUGAGAUAAAUAAAGAUCUGAAUCUACAUGAUGGAGACAUACAAGUGAUAACAGGCCGUGACAGGAACAUUGUUCUGGAAGACCAGAUGAGAUGGGAGAUACCGGUCCCAUAUGUGCUGGAUGAGAGCCUCGACUUGAAUGCCAAAGGGGUUGUUCUACAGGCUUUUGACCAAAUACGGCUGAAAACAUGCAUCGACUUCAAACCCUGGGAAGACGAACCAAACUACAUCGUGGUCGUCAAAGACGAUGGAUGUUGGUCAUAUGUCGGGAAUCAACGUCAAGGAAACCAAAGUCUCUCUAUUGGAGAAUGGUGUGAUCACCUCGCAAUUGUGGAGCAUGAGUUUCUUCAUGCAUUGGGCUUCUGGCAUGAACAGUCAAGAUAUGACAGAGAUGAGUACAUCACCAUAGUCUGGGAAAACGUAGAAGAAGGAAAGGAACACAAUUUCUUGAAACAUAGUGAAAAUUAUACAACCACAUUUGGAACGAUGUAUGAUUACGCAUCUGUGAUGCACUAUGGAAAAGAUGCCUUCUCGAAUGGCAAUGGGUCCACAAUCAUCACUAAUCAACUGGAGUACCAAGACUUAAUUGGUCAGCGUCUAGAAAUGAGCUCUAAUGAUGUACGGAAACUCCAACAGCUUUAUAACUGCACCUCUGCCGUCACCUUUCUGAUGUCAUGCAGCUUUGAGGACGAGAGAGUGUGUGAUGUGAGUCUUUGUGCUGCAGGAAACACCAGCUGGGAGAGAGUCAGCAGCACAAACGCUGGGCCGUUCUCCGACCACACCAGCCUGAGUGCACAGGGAGGCAACCAAACAAUCUCUUCUCAUGAAAAUGGCACAACAACAAGUCAAAAUGGUGGAGGCUCCUUCAUGCACUGCAGCACGUCUUAUGGAAAAGAGGGGGAUGGUGCCAAAAUGCAGAGCAGGAGAAUGAAUCCAAAGAGGCAACUUCAGUGUCUCCAGUUUUUCUAUUUUCGCAGUGGCAGUGACAAAGACCAGCUCAACCUCUGGAUCAGAGAGUAUAACAGGGAUGCUGAGGAAACCACCUAUUUAAUGGGACAGAUCACAGGUCCACCAACAUCCCACUGGCAGCUCCAUCACAUUCCUCUCAAUGCCACCAGGCCCUUCCAGGUGGAGUUUGAGGUUCGAAAAGGAGCAGGAAACUCCUCUGGGGGAUUUUCAGUCGAUGACGUCAACCUGUUUGAAGCUAAGUGUCCACAUCACGUCUGGCACAUUUCCAAUUUUGACCACUUUCUGAUAAACAGCAGCAUCGGUACAAGCUUACUGAGCCCACGUUUCCUAACCAGACAGGGCUAUGGCCUGCAGCUCCUGCUGUACCUCUACCCCGACCACUUCGGUGUUUUCUUUCGGCUGGUGUCCACAGAUUACAACGAGCAGCUCCAGUGGCCAUGUGCGAGGAGACAGAUGACUGUCUCAUUGCUGGACCAGAGUCACCAUGUCCAGCAGCGGAUGUCAAAGCAAAUAAGCAUCACAACCAAUUCAGAGAGAACGUUCAGUGGAGAAAAUGGUGAGACAUUUCAAUACUGGGAUAACCCCAGGAAGGUGGGGCAUCUCAUCAAUGAAACCAAUGGAGAGUCGUACUAUGCUGGUCCGAACCUCGGCUAUAGGACUUUCCUGUCUUUCGAUGCAUUUUGGUCAGGGAACUUUAUAAAAGGAGGCAGUGUCUUCAUUCUCCUCAACUUUGAUGAUUUAUCAAAUCUACAGCUGAAUGGCCCAGAUCUCCCUGAGCCUCAGAAAUGGUCAAACGUGAGCCUCAUGACCCUGAUGCAGACAGACGAUAAGGGAGGCUGCCUAAACCAACUGAUGGAAAACAGUACAACAAUUCUCAUUCCUUCGUAUGUGUCAUCCUCUGCAGUCAGUCUUCCCACAGGAACCAUGAUGACAGCCUCACUGGUCCUGAUGGCAGGAAGCCUCCACUUGACACCCUGAAAAUGUCAGCUUUUUAUUUGACAGAAAGUGGGACAUAAUUGGUAUAUAACAAGAUUUUACCCUGCAGUACUGGA